GGGGUAACAACUUAUUUUAAGAAUAUUCUAGCGAAAACAACAACAGAUAUUGAAGACACGGACUCAGCAGGGCACGGAAUCGUGUUUGUCCGCAGCGUACAAUGAGGAGAAUUGAGAAUCUGGAGAUGAAGCCAGAUCAACCUUGUGUGGAAAAUACGUAUGCGAAUAUGACUGAUCUUGAUUUACGAAGGAUGAGGAAAACACAAAAAGCCAAAGAGACUUCGGCUGCCAGGAGUACAAAGUACCGGGUGAUUCUGAUCCUGGGGGUCCUCCUAAUACUGGCUCUCCUGAUGUUGUUGAUCCUCACCGGUGUCCUCUUCAAUUACUAUAAAAAUAUGGAAGAAAUUACACAACUGAAGGCUAAUUAUACGAAUAUGGAAGAAGAAAUUACACAACUUAAGGCUAAUUAUUCUGCAUUGAAAAAGGAAGUAUCUGAUCUGCAGAAAUCAGAUAAAAAUAUGGAAGAAGAAAUUACACAACUUAAGGCUAAUUAUUCUGCAUUGAAAAAGGAAGUAUCUGAUCUGCAGAAAUCAGUUGCCAACUUAACGGAUGACUUGAACAAGAUAAAAUUGAUUAAAAAUAAAGGCUCCUCUGAUCCAACAUGCAGUAUGGGAUGGUUACACUAUGGACUCAGCUGUUACUACUUGUCCUCCAGCUCAAAACCAUGGAAUAUCGCUAAGAAAGAAUGCGAGGACAAAGAGGCCCACCUGGUGGUCAUUAAUGCUGAUAGGGAGAUGAAUUUUCUGCGUGGGAUUGCGAAAAAAAAUAACUUGUGGAUCGGUCUAACAGAUGCGGAUGGAACCUGGAGAUGGGUGGAUGGAACGCCUUAUGACACAACUCCAAAGAUUGAGAGGGAGGCGGGCAUAAGUGUCACCAUCACUCAAAAUGCGUUGCAUCUCGGCCAAAUAGUCAACUUUGUUAAGAACUACAUUCCGCCCCCUUAUCGGCGGGACGGAUGA